ACAAGGCCGGAGGGAACAAGUUUGCCAAGGACUUUGAAGAGGGCAGCCAGAAGCUGCAGGAGUUUGUCAGUUUCCUGGAGAACCAGAUGCCUGUAGGGCCCCCUCUGCUGGAGGCUCUGGGAAACGCAGACGUCUUCUAUGAGAUGCAGUACAAGGAAGUCAAGAUCGUGGCCAGCGUGAGUAUCAACCAGUCAUUCAGUUAAUCUGAUCAUCAUCAAUCAAAUAAACAAUCUAAUAAAAAUAUAAUAAAUCGUUCUAAUUUUCAAGGCCUACAAAACCUUUGCCAACCGCGUGGUCAACCUCAAACGUAAACUGGACGCCCUCAAGUCCUCCCUACCCGGUCCAGAGGACUCCCCCAUCCCCUCCCCCUCUGAGGACGCUCCCUCACCCACCGGCUCUGACUCUCCCUUCCUGGGGCUUGGGGGAGGCCGAGGGGGGAGGCUGGGCUUUGACCCGGACCUAGAUGGGAGUGCCAUGGACGAGAGGGACAUGGGAGUGGUGAGAGCGGGGGACAACAGAGAUGUGGAGGACAUGGAUCUGUCUGAGGAGGAGAUGGAGACAGCCAACACAGGUGAGGAGAUGGUAGUAGAGCCAGUAGGGAAAUCUCAAUUAGACUAAACCUUGUCAAAAUAAAAAUGAACUAACACUUUAACCCCCUGUGUUUCAAUCAGCUGAGAAGCAGUCAUCAUCAGCCACCGUUUCCAAGGCGACCAGCUCCAAGACCGCAGCGAAACCCGCCCCUGUCAUACCCAUUCGAACCUCCACUGACUCCCCUCUCAAAAAGGCAGCCCCCUCUACCCCCACCCCGGUGACCCCCAGCACCCCUACGAGCGCGGGCGUGAGUGGCCCUAGCGGUCCGACCGCUCCUCUGGGAAUGAACCUGGCCAACGUGGACCUGGGCAAGAUCAGCUCCAUACUGAGCAGUAUCACAUCAGCCAUGAAGAACACAGGUGUGUGUGUGUGUGUCUGCAAGAUAAGCUGAAUUAAUAUAUUGAUACUGUGACACGCUGGUACAGAAAUUAUAAGAUUGUUCCCUCUCUCUCUCUCUCUACAUUUGUCUCCCUCAGCAGCCAGCCCCGUGUCUCGCCCCUCCCCUGGAACUCCCACCACCCCCUCUGGCCCAAUCAUCUUCCUCUAAAACCCCAGUUGGCCCCACCCCUCCUAGCCCAGCCCUGGCCAGCAUCCUGUCCAGAGUGAACGUCACCCCUGAAGGCAUCCUCAACGCCCUGUCAAAGACCCACACACAGGGUGAGACACACAACAAACAAACAAACAAACAAACAAACAAACAGAUAAGAUAGACUUUGAGAUGGGAAAUGCAAGGCUUCUGUUGGAAUUGUUUCAGCUCAUUUUGGGGGGCACUUGUUAUGUUGUGUAACUUUUGUAUCUGCUGGUGUAAUUAUCUCCAACCACCCACUCUCUCUCUCUCUUUCUUUCUCUCUCUCUCUCUCCCCACAUAUCUUUGUUUCCCUCCAUCUUCUCUUCUCUCUCCUCAGGUCUGUCCUCUCUGCUGAGGUCUGGUAGCUCCUCCUCCUCUGCCCCCUCCUCCCAUGCCUCCCCAGACUCCUCAGCAGCCAAGGGCCCCCCCACACCCACCACUCCCAGCAACACCAAACCCCCCCUGACCAACAGCCUCAAACGAGACACACCUGAGAAGAGCAGAGGAGCCAGGGACUGGGAGAAAAACCGAGAGGCCUCUUCUCCCCCCCCUCCUCCUCCUCCUCCCACUCUCCCUAGCCACUCUGUUUCUCCUCCCAGCCUAGAGUCUAAGAUCAACCGUUUCCUCCAGGGGAACCCAGGGUUCAGUCUGGGCCUGGGGGAUGGGAGCCCUCUGCUGGGGGGAGACGGGGUAGACGGGACCCCCGUCAGGGAUGAGAGCGGGGGCACCCCCACCCAGGACGAAAUCAUGGACACACCAGGGGGUGUCUCCUCCGACCCCCUUGGCCUCAACAGUGACCCCAAGAGCUUAGGGUCAUCCGUAGGUCACAAUCUUUCACCCACAGCCUACCGCAGUGACCCUUGGGACGCCGUCAUCACCCCAACAGGAAGCAGCAGCGACAGGGACUUCCUCUCUUCCUCUUCUCGUUUCCAAGGUUACGGAGUGGGGAAGAAGGCCGCCAAGCUGAAGGAGGAAGAUUUGAAGAGGAAGACUAGCUCUUCAUCACUGGGAAGCAGCAAGGUCAAGAAGGAUGGUCAGAACAGUCAGGGGAAGAGUCACGGGAACGACAGAUCAGUCGGCGGAGAGAGGAGAGUGUCCGUAGGUUCCCGCAAGACCAGCAGCGGGUCAGAGGAGGGAGGAAUGAGUGGAACGAGGGAUGAAAAGGGAAAGAGGGGAGGAGAGGAUGGUGGGGGCUCAUCUGACGGGGAGGGAGGGCAGUACCACCGUAUCGAGACGCUGGUGUCGCCUUGCACCGAGGGAGCACCUUUCCAAUCACUGGGGGGCUUCUCAAACCGCCAGCCAACCGGAGAGCGCAUCCAGACGGUGGAGAGCAUCCGCGUGAUUGGCCAAGGGCUGCGUCGCGGGGGUGGAGGGGAAGGGGGAAGGCCAGGUGGAGGGAUGUGGUACGAGGAGGAAGGGUACCUGGAUGCGCAGCCCCCCUCACCUUCCCAUCAGGGCGGCUCUGACGACAUUACUUCCCCCACCAUGCCUCCCCCGCCCCCACACCACCACCUUCCUCCUCAUUCUAAUCAACCUCCUCACCCCCACCCUCAUUCGCACGGCCCCCCACCCCAGUUCCAGAUGCCCCCCUACCAUGGGGAGAACCCCCAGGGUCCUCCCCCCUCACACCUCCACCAUCACCCCCCUCCUCCCUUCUUCAACUCCCCUCCUCCACCCAUCCCACGCCCUCCACCCCCUCCCAUGCCCCAGCUCCCUCCACCCCCGCGCAACUUCCUUCCCCCCUCGGCAGUCAUGGUAGGCGGGGUUCUAGUCCCCAUCGACCGCCAGCUGCCCCUCCCUCCCCAGGUCCGUCCAGAUGGAGGAGGAGACCGAGGGGGGAUGGGAGGGGGACCCAGGGGGGGUAAAGGUGGCCCCACUCCCCUCAUGUCCUCUCUGUUAGGGGAGCCCCCUAAGAUGCCUCGUCCCGGCACAGUCAAAGAGCAUUUCACCCCCCGCCACGCACCCCCUCUCCACCGCCCUGGCACCCCCGGUGCCCCGCCUCCCUUACUGGGCCGUGUCAAGGAUGGCCUCAACCUCCCUCCUCCCUCUCCCUCUCCCUCCUCCCCUCCCUCUCCCUCAGGUGACCCCCUGCCUCCUCGUCCCCAAGCUCCUCCACUCCAGCACCCUCCAGCUAGCCCCCCUGCCCAGCCCCGACACCCCAACCCCAACCAUCCCCGCCGUCCCUCGCCAUCCCUCCUGCGCCCCCCCCCCAACCCCCGCCCCCCCAUCAACUCCAUCCCCCAGAGACCUCUACUCCACCCUCGCGGCCCCCCUGCCCACCCGCACCUCAACCGAGAGCCACCCAUGUUCCGUGGGGGCAAGCGUCCUGGCCCUCCGUUCGGCGGGGGCCGAGGAGGUCCCUUCUACCCCCCCAAAAGACCUUUCUUACCCCCACGCUAUUGAAGUGUUAACCCACGAUAAGCUGAAUUGUAAGCAACCCACACACCUAGCUACCCGACACGGGGAGAAGAUGUGUAGAACCCUUCUGGUAUGAGCCCAGUCUGUCCUCACUAUGUUAAUCCUACUGGAGUCAUUCAUCUUACUACAUUUAGCUGAUCGCACCUUCACACAAGCUAGCUCGUCACCUCACCACAAUACAGUACCAGCUUAGUGCAGUGUUAUGGAUGAAAUAGGUAACCAAACCAAAUCUGCCUCCAAUCCCCAGGAGCGACAGUGUUCUCUGCUUCCCCUCACUAAAGCAGUGUGGGAAUAAUGGAGGUGUGAACUAGAAGGGAGACAACAAUCAAACAGAUCUAAUAGAAAAAGAAACAUCAGGUGGUUAUUCUAUUUCACUAAAAUUCUACUUACCUCCGGUAUUGUGUGAUUAAACUGAUAUAAACACUUUCAGAGAGAGAGAAGGAGGGAGGGGGGGAUGGGAUGGAGGGAGGGGGGUUUGAGGAAGAAAGUUGCUCCCUGAGAGUGUGUCCUAAAUACAACAAUUUUUCUCAACAGGAAGUGGUUAUCCAAAUGAGUGUUCACUUUAUGAUCAGUGUGCUGUUGUUGGAGUUUCUUGACGAUAACCCCAGCGUGCUCCCAGUGUAUCAUAUUGUAAAUAAUAACCUUGUUUCUCUCCUUCUAGAGGUUUCCAUGCUUUAGUCUCUCUUCCCUCUGUAUAUUUCUCAGCUUUUAAAUGUAUAGACUGAAUGAGUUGGCCAUGUUAAGACUAUUAAACCUUGGUUGUUUGUGUAAAGAGGACAAGCAUCGCUAUUCACUAACUUGUGAUUGACACGAUUGUGAAGAAGCCUUAGCUUUAGUGACACAUGAGGCAGAUGUUCAUGCUUCUCGUUGCUCCAACAAAACACCACUCUGUCCAUCUCCAUCUCUCCAAUUUGAGGCAGAGAGAGGGGAGGAGAGUGAAGAAUCGUCCAGUGUAAAGACACAUUUAGCUGAUAAUGAUGAGUUGUGGAGACUCACAGUAGUUGAGGCGGGUGCUUUAGAAGUUUGAACUAUGAACCCGCUGUGUCUCUGCUAGGCCAUCUCUACCUGUAUUGUCUUUAAUAAAAUACAGUUUCAACCCAACCAAGGGGAGGGUACUACUUUCUUUGAUACAGUCACAGUCAUGGAUACCGGUAAGAACCAGUCGCAGCAGUUAUCAUGGCUGCUGUUGUAUGAUAGAUAUUUUUUGUCUAGUUAUUCAAAGCUGAAUUGAAAUGCUGAAACAUUACUUAUAACAGUACAAACAAUGUCAUUUUUUUUCUCCAACUACUCAUUUGUUCUGAGUAGUUUUGGAUUUCUUGCUGAGAUUUUUGUUGUGUGUCUAACUUCACGUCAGAUGUAAAAUAUCUAUACUUGCCUAUGCACGUGCAGCGCACUCUAUCUAUCCAGUCCUGAAGUUUUUUUGUUUGUUACUUCUUCCCUUUUCCCUUCGUUACCUUUCCUAGAUUUAGUCUCUUGUUUUUCCUCCUUUCCUUCCUCUGACGCUGUACUUCCUGGAUCAACAGUUAGAACUGUAGAAUACCAAAUAACACCAAUGAAGAAGUGAUGAGUGAAUUAUCUGCAAACAUUCAUUACUCAUUAAGAUAAUGGGAAAACAAUGUAAAUGCUCAUCUAGAUUUCCUAUCAGUGUUAGUUUAUCAGUUUAUAGUGUUCUGCUAUAAAGUCUGAAUCGAAGCUACAACUCUGCUUGCUUUGACUAUAUAUAUGACGUGAUGCUUCUCUAUGUCACUGCUGAUAAUGACCAGAUCAACUCAGUCAGUUUGGUUUGUGUGCGUUCCCUGCUGUACAGUAGACUAAAUGACUUAUCCUCAGUUAGACAGACCGCUAGCCACCAGGAUGGAUUCAGAGAAUUCAUCAUUUUCUUUGAAUAGUUUGUUUAAAUAAUAUUGUCAUUCAAUGUACUCUUGAGUUUGAAAUAUGUUUGUUUGAAUAACCUUUGCGUGAAAAUGCUUAAGAUUUGAGGAAUCUAAUGGUGUGUGUAUAGUCUGCAUUAACUAUGUAAUGAUUCAGUCAUGAAGGGGGUGGCUGUGUUAUGUUUUUCUCUUCUUGAUUAGAUGCAUUGCUAUUAUUUUUGUUAUGAUCAUCAAUGAUGUUCUAUCAUUAAUCUUUUGAGUGUCCAAUCCUUUCCGAUGCUACUGCUCUCCUCUCUCUCUACCACUGGUCCUUCCUGUAGUUCAGUGAUUUACUAUGUUUACCAAUGACUGUCACAAUUUAGACAUACAGCCAGGCAUUUACUUCAUAUGAAUUCUUUACAGUUUAAACCACUCUCCAUGGAGUCCUACUGCAUGUGUUUUUAUUUUAAAGACAGCCUCUGCAAUUAUGAAUAUUCAAUACAUAAUCAACCCCUUGGCCUUACCUUUUAGGCACUUGUCGAUCUGGGAGGAUUACAUUGGCUAGAGGUGGCAUACACCUAUCAGAGUCAAGGUGCUGCUAUUACCGUAUUACACCUACCCAAUCCUUUCAUAUACGUGAAGUGCGUAGUAGGGACUAGGGGUUGAUUUAGUGACCGGAACAGGCAGAGUAACCACUCCCAUUGACCACAGAGCACUGACAUGAAGACCGUACUGUACCAUAUGGGUUAAUACCAGUGGUGGCUGGUGGCACAUUAAAUGGGGAGGACGGGCUCAUAGUAAUGGCUGGAACGGAAUAAAUUGAAUGGUAUCAAACACCUGGUUUUCCAUGUGUUUGAUACCAUUCCAUUAACUCCAUUCCAUCCAUUAUUAUGAGCUGUCCUCCCCUCACCAGCCUCCUCUGGUUAAGACUGAGGUAGUCACUGCCAUGCUAUUACACCCAUUGUGGGUUUAGUUCUAUUAUUGACUGUCUGAAGAUCCUAACCCAGAAGUGGGUUACCAUUUAUUGUUUUCCACACACACCCACACACACGUGUGCACACAGAAGUGAUUCCAUCCUACAGUAUCUACCAUACCCAUCUGCAUUCAACCUUUUCGAUUGACACUGAUUUUCUUGGUUGUGCAGCUCACAUCCUUGCACAGAGCUCUAGUCCACAUGUCUUUGCUGUCACAUCCAUAGUUCCUCCCAAACCAGUCCACUGCAUGAAUGACGCACCUUGACUCUGAUUUCACUGUCUGGCACAGAGCCGUUGAAAGCAUUGAAGUCUGUAACCUACCCACCCCGUAUUCAGUGCAAAGUCACUGCACAGUUCUUUACAUGUAUUACCCCUGUCCUGUUAAUGAAAGUUAGUUGAGAUAAUAUUGUAAUAUUACCACAUAUACUGUUCUGAGAAGACCUGAUAGGUGAAAGCAAUGUGGGGAAAGUGUGCUAAACGUAUUUGCGUUCACCGGUUUACUUAAUUCAGAUCAGUGUAGAUGAAGGAAAAGAUGUGAUGAGAGACAUUGAGAUGCUCUUUAUACAAACAUAAAUAGGUUUCACCCUAUGAGAAUACACAAGUCUCUUAGCUGUGUGGUGGUGGGGUUCCAAGUAUGAGAUACUGACGGUGAACAAGUAUUUAAUUGUGCUUGAUAAUGUCCCAUAUUUCAUGUAGUAGCCAAGGAGAAUGACAUUUCCCCUAGACACUGAUCUAAUAUCAGUUUUGAGUUUUACCCCUAAUGAGAUUUUGUCAUCAGUAUUUUGGGUAACCUGAUUCUAGGGCUCUAACUCAAUUUGUCUUUCUGUGAUUCCUCGUGUCCUAUCUCCUCACCCCCGUCCUCAAAUGUAUUGGAGGAGAAGGUCCAAGGUCCCUCUAAGGGCAUUCUACCCAUGGACUGGACCCAUUUCAGUGUGUUUUCAGUGACACUGCACAGGUGGUCCUAAGUCCCUAGUUAAAUUACUCUAGCGCCACCAAGCGUUCUUUCAAUGUUCUCUCUUAUACGAGCCAGUCUGCGUCACUUGCAGAUCCCCUUCUCUCUAAACUCAUAUUGACGUUUAUGUUAGUACAUCACCACUAUGAAACUCUCUGAAGUAUAUUUUACUUCAGUUAUUUACAUUUAUGUAGAAUAAAUGAAACUAUAUUUACUUGUAUAUCGGUAAAAUAAAAUUACCUACAAGUUAACUAUAAAUUAUUUAAAAACUAUUAUACACAAAGACGUCUACAAACACUAUGAGCUUGGAACCAAUAUACCUUACGUGGAAUGAAAUAACGAAACCCUAUUGAUCAUUUAACCAUGCGCUCCUUAGUGGUGUCUUGAACGUACGAAAUGAGAUGGCAGUGUCAAAGCUUCUCAAAGUAGACUUCAGUAAUGUUGCUCAACUGUCAACUAGUCUCUUACAUAGUCUCUCAAACUAAUCCUAGUUAUAGGCUACUUUAUAUUAAAACAAUGUAAACGAAAUAGGCUAUUCAUACUAUUCCUUCCAGAAGUCUGUUCAAAGUAGCCUAAUUUCUGCCUCACGUUACAGGCGAGUACAUUUGAGCUAUGUGCAUGUAAUAACCUAAUAAUGGUGCUCUGAGCUACAAUAUUCUCUGCUUUUCCUCUCUCUUCAUGCAGCCAAGCAAUGAAUGGAUAUGGAUCAAUUCUGUUCAGGCGCUGCACAGAUGCAGUGAUCUACUCACGUUGGGAUGGAUUUAUUGAACGCUCCACUCUUUUGAUCUUGGGCGUAAUUUGACUAAAUUUAGGAAUUGAGCAUGCCUGUGUUAAAUAGAUUCAGGUCAUUUUCAUGGCAAGCCGGUUUUAGAUGGAUGCUGUGAAGUUAGUCUCGUGUGCCUGAAAUGGAUCGCGGGCGCCACUGAGAUGUAUAAAUUAACGGUGAGCGCGCCUUUUUUUUGUUGACGCUCACCAACGUGCGCGCACUUGCUACUACAUCACAAGUUUCCGCCCUCUUCCCUUGCUCGCCAAUCACCUUUCUUCCCCAUCAACUUCAUUCUUCCGGUGUUAUGGCCGCUUGCAGCGUAAGAGACAACGAGUGUGAAAUGUUAUGAUUAUGGAAAUUUGUCGGUGAAACCGGUGAAUUAAGGAUGCUCGUGACUGUGCUGUUACGGUUUCCCGUCUGUCGGCCGUCAGUUCGGGCAGUGCUUCGCUCUCAGAGGCGUUAUAGCAAGGUGUGCAACCUUAUCAAACCGUGAUCUGUUAUGAAAUGUAGCUGUACUGACCAACUGAGUACAGUAUCAUUGGGUUGUGUAGCUAGCCUUCUCCAAAUCAGUGGCGUAACAUUUUCCUAUGACAGGUGUGGGCGUGUCCUCUGACAAACCAUUGGAUGGAUCUAUGAAUAGCCCAGAAGGUGUUCUGACGGCCAAACAAGACUGCACGAUAAUCUGUCAUGUAAUUUGUGUCUCUCUGUGUGACCACAAGGGUUUUUUGAGGGGUGUUUGGUGGGAAGGGACAGUUCUCAAUUAAGCUUAUUAUUGGGUCCUCUCUCUCUGAAAUAUGCAACUACUAAUGUAUGUUUGAUCAUAAUACCAUACGUUUUGUUAUGAAUUCCAUAUUGUGUAAAGAUUUGAUCUAUAAUGAUUACAUGGUAAUAAUAUAUAAUCCCGUUGUCUGUAUUGUUGUUGUUCACAUUGACCCCUGUUCUCUCUUCUUUCCUAUUCCCUUGUUUCCUACUUUCUCCUACCCUUUGCCUCUAGAUACAGGCGUCCCCUGCUCUGUCUGAGCGUGUGCGGGUAUUUGAGUCUCUCAGAGAGAGACGGGGCCAGCCGAGGACAAGCGGCGCCACAGAACAGGCCCUCAGCGUCCGAUUGGCUGAUGGCAGGACGGUGAAGGGCACCACAGGAGUGACCACACCCUCACUCAUCGCCCAGAACGCACGGUUAGCCUCUCAGACGUGUGUGUGUGUGUGUUGAUUCAGAAUCCUAAAAGUCAGGGAAGGGUUAUCCCCAGUGCUUGACUUGGAAUGAAAUAGUUGCUGGUACUUAUUUUGAGUACUGUUUAUAUUUCGGUGAAGGAACUCUGCAAUACUUUUGAGCUAAUAUUCAAUAAGAGGUGCAGGAACUCAAGCAGCAGAAAUGUUGAGGGGCCGGUACUCUGCUCCAGUGAGCUCCUUUCCAGGUCAAGCACUAGUUAUCCAAAAUGUUAUCCCUCAGAACACAUGUGCUGCGUUUAAACAGGCAGCCCAAUUCUGAUAUUUUUUCCACUAAUUGGUCUUUUGACCAAUCACAUCAGAUCUUUGCACAUCAGAUCUUUUUCAGAGCUGAUCUGAUUGGUCAAAAGACCAAUUAGUGAAACAAAUAUCAGAAUUGGGCUGCCUGUCUAAACGCAGCCUUAGUAACUCCAAUCUGAAAGCAAACACACCUAUGUGUCCCAUCUGUGUUUGCUUUCAGAUUGGAGUUUGGUCAAAUUGGAUAGGUGUAAGCAAACGUACAUUGACAUUAUCUCUAACCCUCUAACUCUCCAUGUCUGUGCAGUGUGAAAGGUGCUCUAGUGAGCAGGGUGAAUGGAGAGCUGUGGGAGCUGCUUCGCCCCCUGGAGGCUGACUGUGAACUACAGCUGCUGGGCUUCGACACCACAGAGGGCAAACAGGUACUUACUAAGAACAUUCCCGCAAUCAUCUAACCCGAUAGAAGAUCUUACAUGUGGAGCAGUCAAAGAUGCAGAGGUUGACCUCUUCUCUCUCUCAUCCCCUCUCGCUCAUCUCUUUCAUCUUUUCCCUUUCUGCCUCCCUCUCUCCCCCAGGCGGUGUGGAGGACAGGAGCGUGUGUAGUGGGGGGGGUGUUAGAGGGGGUGUUUGGGGCAGAGGUGUGCAGAGAGGGCGUGUCAGAGUCUGGCCUCUACUGUGACCACCUCCUGGAGAACAGGUAAGACAUUUCCCUCUUUAUAAUAUAAUUUAUAAUAAUAUAUGUCAUUUUGCAGAUGCUUUUAUCCAAAGCGACUUAGUCAUGCGUGCAUACAUUUUACCCCACUAACCAUCUCCUCAUCGUGUGGCGCCCCUUUAAGCCAGAACAGCUACUUUGAGGGAGGGAGGGAAGGAAGGAAGGAGGGAUGCAUUUGUUUUCUAACAGGGACCCUGACCUCUCAUUCUUCACCUUUGACCUCUGACCCAGUCUCCUAGUGCUCAGUAGGUUCCCCUGAGCUAGGUAGAGGAGAGCUGAAAGGAGGCCACAGUCUCACCUACUUUCUGACUCUCCCACGCCCACCACGUUUUUCACCUGUCUGAAUGAGGAUACACAUAUAUACAGUGGGGAAAAAAAGUAUUUAGUCAGCCACCAAUUGUGCAAGUUCUCCCACUUAAGAAGAUGAGAGAGGCCUGUAAUUUUCAUCAUAGGUACACGUCAACUAUGACAGACAAAAUGAGAAUUUUUUUUCCAGAAAAUCACAUUGUAGGAUUUUUUAUGAAUUUAUUUGCAAAUUAUGGUGGAAAAUAAGUAUUUGGUCAAUAACAAAAGUUUCUCAAUACUUUGUUAAAUACCCUUUGUUGGCAAUGACACAGGUCAAACGUUUUCUGUAAGUCUUCACAAGGUUUUCACACACUGUUGCUGGUAUUUUGGCCCAUUCCUCCAUGCAGAUCUCCUCUAGAGAAGUGAUGUUUUGGGGCUGUCGCUGGGCAACACGGACUUUCAACUCCCUCCAAAGAUUUUCUAUGGGGUUGAGAUCUGGAGACUGGCUAGGCCACUCCAUGACCUUGAAAUGCUUCUUACGAAGCCACUCCUUCGUUGCCCGGGCGGUGUGUUUGGGAUCAUUGUCAUGCUGAAAGACCCAGCCACGUUUCAUCUUCAAUGCCCUUGCUGAUGGAAGGAGGUUUUCACUCAAAAUCUCACGAUACAUGGCCCCAUUCAUUCUUUCCUUUACACGGAUCAGUCGUCCUGGUCCCUUUGCAGAAAAACAGCCCCAAAGCAUGAUGUUUCCACCCCCAUGCUUCACAGUAGGUAUGGUGUUCUCUGGAUGCAACUCAGCAUUCUUUGUCCUCCAAACACGACGAGUUUAGUUUUUACCAAAAAGUUUUAUUUUGGUUUCAUCUGACCAUAUGACAUUCUCCCAAUCCUCUUCUGGAUCAUCCAAAUGCACUCUAGCAAACUUCAGACGGGCCUGGACAUGUACUGGCUUAAGCAGGGGGACACGUCUGGCACUGCAGGAUUUGAGUCCCUGGCGCCGUAGUGUGUUACUGAUGGUAGGCUUUGUUACUUUGGUCCCAGCUCUCUGCAGGUCAAUCACUAGGUCCCCCCGUGUGGUUCUGGGAUUUUUGCUCACCGUUCUUGUGAUCAUUUUGACCCCACGGGGUGAGAUCUUGCGUGGAGCCCCAGAUCGAGGGAGAUUAUCAGUGGUCUUGUAUGUCUUCCAUUUCCUAAUAUUUGCUCCCACAGUUGAUUUAUUCAAACCAAGCUGCUUACCUAUUGCAGAUUCAGUCUUCCCAGCCUGGUGCAGGUCUACAAUUUUGUUUCUGGUGUCCUUUGACAGCUCUUUGGUCUUGGCCAUAGUGGAGUUUGGAGUGUGACUGUUUGAGGUUGUGGACAGGUGUCUUUUAUACUGAUAACAAGUUCAAACAGGUGCCAUUAAUACAGGUAACGAGUGGAGGACAGAGGAGCCUCUUAAAGAAGAAGUUGCAGGUCUGUGAGAGCCAGAAAUCUUGCUUGUUUGUAGGUGACCAAAUACUUAUUUUCCACCAUAAUUUGCAAAUAAAUUCAUUAAAAAUCCUACAAUGUGAUUUUCUGGAUUUUCUUUUCUCAUUUUGUCUGUCAUAGUUGACGUGUACCUAUGAUGAAAAUUACAGGCCUCUCUCAUCUUUUUAAGUGGGAGAACUUGCACAAUUGGUGGCUGACUAAAUACUUUUUUUCCCCACUGUACAUACAUACAGUACCAGUCAAAAGUUUGGACACACCUACUCAUUCCAGGGUUUUUCGUUAUUUUUACUAUUUUCUACAUUGUAGAAUAAUAGUGAAGACAUCAAAACUAUGAAAUAACUCAUAUGCAAUAAUGUAGUAACCAAAAAAGUGUUAAACAAAUCUAAUUAUAUUUUAUAUUUGAGAUUCUUCAAAGAAGCCACCCUUUGCCUUGAUGACAGCUUUGCACACUCUUGGCAUUCUCUCAACUAGCUUCAUGAGGUAGUCACCUGGAAUGCAUUUCAAUUACAGGUGUUAACUGUACAUACAGUUGAAGUCUGAAGUUUACAUACACUUAGGUUGGAGUCAUUAAAACUCGUUUUUCAACCACUCCACAAAUGUGUUGUUAACAAACUAUAGUUUUGGCAAGUCGGUUAGGACAUCUACUUUGUGCAUGACACAAGUAAUUUUUCCAACAAUUGUUUACAGACAGAUUAUUUCACUUAUAAUUCACUGUAUCACAAUUCCAGUGGGUCAGGAGUUUACAUACACUAAGUUCACUGUGCCUUUAAAUAGCUUGGAAAAUUCCAGAAAAUGAUGUCAUGGCAUUAGAAGCUUCUGAUAGGCUAAUUGACAUAAUUUGAGUCAAUUGGAGGUGUACCUGUGGAUAUAUUUCAAGGCCUACCUUCAAACUCAGUGCCUCUUUGCUUGACAUCAUGGGAAAAUCAAAAGAAAUCAGCCAAGACCUCAGAAAAAAAAUGGUAGACCUCCACAAGUCUGGUUCCUCCUUGGGCGCAAUUUCCAAACGCCUGAAGGUACCAUGUUCAUCUGUACAAACAAUAGUACGCAAGUAUAAACACCAUGGGACCACGCAGUGGUCAUACCGCUCAGGAAGGAGACUCGUUCUGUCUCCUAGAGAUGAAUGAACUUUGGUGCGAAAAGUGCAAAUCAAUCCCAGAACCACAGCAAAGCACCUUGUGAAGAUGCUGGAGGAAACAGGUACAAAAGUAUCUAUAUCCACAGUAAAACUAGUCCUAUAUCGACAUAACCUGAAAGGCCGCUCAGCAAGGAAGAAGCCACUGCUCCAAAACCGCCAUAAAAAAGCCAGACUACGGUUUGCAACUGCACAUGGGGACAAAGAUCGUACUUUUUGGAGAAAUGUCCUCUGGUCUGAUGAAACAAAAAUAGAACUGUUUGGCCAUUGUUAUGUUUGGAGGAAAAAGGGGGUGCUUGCAAGCCGAAGAACACCAUCCCAACCGUGAAGCACGGGGGUGGCAGCAUCAUGCUGUGGGGGUGCUUUGCUGCAGGAGGGACUGGUGCACUUCACAAAAUAGAUGGCAUCAUGAGGAAGGAAAAUUAUGUGGAUAUAUUGAAGCAACAUCUCAAGAUAUCAGUCAGGAAGUUAAAGCUUGGUCGCAAAUGGGUCUUCCAAAUGGACAAUGGCCCCAAGCAUACUUCCAAAGUUGUGGCAAAAUGGCUUAAGGACAACAAAGUCAAGGUAUUGGAGUGGCCAUCACAAAGCCCUGACCUCAAUCCUAUAGAAAAUGUGUGAGCAGAACUGAAAAGGCGUGUGCGAGCAAGGAGGCCUACAAACUUGACUCAGUUACACCAGCUCUGUCAGGAGGAAUGGGCCAAAAUUCACCCAACAUAUUGUGGGAACCCAAGUUAAACAAUUUAAAGGCGAUGCUACCAAAUACUAAUUGAGUGUAUGUAAACUUCUGACCCACUGGGAAUGUGAUUAAAUAAAUCGUUCUCUCUACUAUUAUUCUGACAUUUCACAUUCUUAAAAUAAAGUGGUGAUCCUAACUGACCUAAAAUAGGGAAUUUUUACUGGGAUUAAAUGUCAGGAAUUGUGAAAAACUGAGUUUAAAUGUAUUUGGCUAAGGUUUAUGUAAACUUCCGACUUCAACUGUGUGUGUAUAUAUAUGUAUAUAACGCCAAGGGGGGUGAAUACUUUUGCAAGGCACUAAUAUAUAUAUAUAUAUAUAUAUAUAACACUUAUAUAUUAAUAUAUAACACUUAUAUAUUAAUAUAUAACACUUAUAUAUAUUUAUUUUUAUUUUUUUAUGUAAAAAAAAUAUUAGUGCCUUGCAAAAGUAUUCAUCCCCCUUGGUGUUUUUCCUAUUUUGUUGCAUUACAACCUGUAAUUUAAAUGGAUAUACACACACACACACACACACACAGAGAGAGAAGCAGUACUAACCCCUGGUCUCUCUCCCAGUGCCCUGUCCCUAGCUGAGCUGGAGGAGAGAUGCAAGGAGGCCGCUGGCCAGAAGCUUCCUCUCUCCAGACUGGAGCUGAACACACAGGAAGUUACAGAGCUCUUCCAGGUCAGAGGUCACUGGCUCUGUUUGUCUGUCAUUGGCUGCAUCUGAAAUGGCAUCCUGUUUCCCUAUAUAGGGAAUAGGGUGCCAUUUAGAUGAGACAUUAGCUGGCAUUACAGUUAUGGCCCACAGUAUUCUAGAAUGUAGGUGUGUUGCUCGGCUCCUACCUGUAGCAGCUUCUGGAAUUGACUGUUUACAUGUGUUGUCUUUAACCACUGCCUGUAAUGGUCAUCAUCUAGGAAUGUCUCUAAUUCAAGGGGUGUGGCCGUGAUACAAUAGUGUGUGUGUGUGUGUGUGUACUAACUGAGUGUGUUCUGUCAUCUAGGACAGAGCUCUGAGACUCCAGUUGAUUGAAGAACAGAUGAGUGGUCCUACUGUCACAGUGUACAGGUUUGUUGCUCAACAUUUCACAGCCUGAUACAACACAUACUCACCACAUGGUAACGCUACAGUCAUGGUCUGUGUUUUUAAAGAGAAAUUACUGGAUACGCUAGGAUGACAUAUCCAUCUCUUCCUGUUCCGUGUGUGGGUCAGGUGUGGCGACAGCAUAGGAGUCUGCAAUGGUCCUCUCCUCCCUCACACUGGUCUCCUCAAGGUCUUCAAGAUGCUGCAGGUACGUGUGUGUGUGUGUGUCAGCCUCCCUGCCUGUAUAUCAGUUCAGUGAGGAAUAUACAGUUCUUGUCUUCUCCUCAUGACAUCUAAACUACGCUGGACGUAAAACUGAAUGUACAGGAUUAAAGAAAGCACAAGUUAAAUGGGUUUCCAUCGCAUUUUCAUCUCUACUGAUGGUUUUGUCAUAAACAAUGUAGCGAAUGUGCCCUCUCUGGUAUUGGCACGUGUGCUGUAGCCAACAGCUGGCAGAUACAGUGCGGGUAUAGCUUACAUGAUGAGAUUAUUAUGAACAAAAGAGCGAGGUUAUUUUGAUUUGUAAACGGCAGCCAAGCAUCAGACCCUUGAUACAAUUUGAAAGGAGCAUCAAGCUCAUCACCUUGCAUUCACCACCAUCUGAAGUUCAUUAGAACUUAUUUCAUCUGUACUCUAAUAAACUGCAUGCUUUCCCGACGUGUCGUAGUGGGAGGACCACACAGACUUGUCAUCACGUGACUCCAAGUUUACUUCGAUAUGAUGGUUGUUAUAUAAAUAUUUGCGCAUAAAAGCAUUUCCACCGCCAUUUAAUUUUAUCGCAUUAUUCAUUUUACAGACACAAAAAGAUCCCACCUUGUCUAGUGUAUUUUGUUUUGUCUACAUUUGGAAAGUUUACAGAGAAAUGUGCUGUUUCUGUCCGGCCUGUCAUGACAUUUAUUAUCCAAUAUGUACUUUACUCGCAUAAAAAGGUUGAAUGGAAACCUGGUUACUGUUUAACUCGUAACAUGGGCUGUGACAUUACCAUGCAAUAUAGCCAUUAACUCUGACCUCUUCCUGAUAUUAAUGUAUAGUGGGACUGCGCUGGUCACACUGGAAAUUCCUUACUGGUAAUUGACAGUCACUUGGCAGUCACUGGCCAGUUAAAUGAUGCACUGGAGACUAACAAGUCAGAACAACAUGACACACUGAAGACAAGCGGAACAAAACGCUGCUUGUUUUUUUCCUAGAAGCAUUAGAGCUGUAGCGUGCUAACCCGUGAUGUCAACCAUGACCUAUUUGCUAGCGCUGAGCAAUUAGUGCUUGAGGUCUGUUCGGUUUCAGUUUGAUUCUACAAAAAUAAUUGCGCUUUUCGGUUUCAGUAUUAUUUUUUUGAUAUUAAAUGCACUGCAUUAUGUGGGUUGAAUGCUGUAACAACACACAAUACAAUUCCUAUGAUGGUAGUGAAUGCCCAUUACUGCUUAUCACCUAUUAACCAUCAUUUAUUCACAUUACUUUAAUAAAAUAUUUGUUUUAUUUGAUGACUUUAUUAUUUCAUUCCAAGUCAUCAUCUCAUCUCUAUAAAGCUGCUGCCUAUGCUGUGUGACUAAAUCACUAUUUUAGUAGUUCUUCAAAGUAAAUAAGGUGUGCUUUUAUGACUGCUGAAUACCAACAAUCAAUCACUUAGAUCAUGUAUUUUCAGGUAGAGAUACCUCACGAAGCAACUGCUUUCUAUCACUCUUGAUCGCCCGUUCUCUCUUUUCUAUAUGUCUGCUCCACACAAACCGGACAAGUAGGCGGGUGCGCAAUGGAUUAUGGUCAUUUUAGUUAAUUACCACGUUUUCUGCACUAAACUAUGUAGAAUAUUGGCCUGUUGGAAACUACAACUCCCUACUACAUCGCACAGUUCAGGCAUGAUCUGAUUUAUCUCUAGAGAAACUGCAUUGAGCUCACAGAAUAAAUUAUGAACUAAAUGGAAUUCAAAUAAUUGAACCGACGUUGGUCAAUUAGCUGUUUGGUUAAUCGCUCAGCACUACUAUUUGCUUUCAUGCUGUUGUGUUGUGCUGGGGAAAGUGGAAAUUUCCAUACUGGUGUUGUACUGGUCAGAAUGGAAUUUCCACUCUCCAUGCUGGGAGAGCAAUAGCCAUUGAAACAAUACCAGAAGCAGGAUGUUGUGAUUGUAAUGGCCAGUUUCCUGCCCCCGCCAAGUUAAAUCCUGUCGAUCUCUAUUGUCCCAAGGGGAAACGCAGCCCCUACCCAUUAUCUGUAGAGCAGUGGUUCCAAAAUGGCGGCUAUGGAACAAAGAUGGCCGGGACAUACCGUAUAUGUACUGAACAAAAAUAUAAAUGCAGCAUGUAACAAUUUCAAAGUUACAGUUCAUAUAAGGAAGUCAGUCAAUUGAAAUACAUUCAUUAGGCCCAAAUGUAUGGAUUUCACAUGACUGGGAAUACAGAUAUUCAUCUGUUGGUCACAGAUACCUUAAAAAAAAAGGUAGGGCCGUGGAUCAGAAAACCAGUCAGUAUCUGGUGUGACCACCAUUUGCCUCAUGCAGCACGACACAUCUCCUUCGCAUAGAGUUGAUCUCAUCACGGUAUCUCUGUGCAUUAUAAUUGCCAUCGAUAAAAUGCAGUUGUGUUCGUUGUCCAUCCUUAGCUUAUGCCUGCCCGUACCAUAACCCUACCGCCCCCAUGGGGCACUCUGUUCACAAUGUUGACAUCAGCAAACCACUCACCCAAUCAACACCAUACACGUGAUCUGCGGUUGUGAGACUGGGUGAACGUACUGCCAUAUUCUCUAAAAAGACUGCUUAUGGUAGAGAAAUGAACAUUCAAUCCUCUGGCAACAGCUCUGGUGGACAUUCCUGCAGUCAGCAUGCCAAUUGCACGCUCCCUAUAAAACUUGAUACGUCUGUGGCGUUGUGUGACAAAACUGCACAUUUGAGGGUGGCCUUUUAUUGUCCCAAGCACAAGGUGCACCUGUGUAAUGAUCAUUCUGUUUAAUCAGCUUUGUGGUAUGCCACAUCUGUCAGGUGGAUGGAUGAUCUUGGCAAAGGAGAAAUGCUCACUAACGGGUGUAAACAAAUUUGUGCACAAAAUUUGAGAGAAAUAAGCUUUUUGUGCGUAUGGAACAUUUCUGGGAUCUUUUAUUUCAGCUCGUGAAACAUGGGACCAACACUUUACAUGUUGCGUUUAUAUUUUUGUUCAGUAUAUUUCUCUUUUCUGCUACUCUCUCUUUCUUCUCUGUCCCCCCCUCUCGCUGUUCAGGUGUCUACCGUAACGUUGACCAAUCCUGUUGGCUCGUCAGGUGUGAUGCGUGUGAUGGGUGUGGCCUUCCCAGGAGAGAGGGAGAGGGAGGAGUGGGAGAGGGAACAGGAGGAGGCACGGAAGAGAGACCACAGACGCAUUGGCAAGGUGAGGUGGAGAGGGAAGAAAAAAGAUCUAGGUCCAAUACGCAUAGAAAUAUAAACAACUGGAGACACCCGUCCUUUUUGGAGACUGGUUAUUAUUGGCACGGCAGCGCUACUGUAGCUAGCAGAAUAGUGUAGAAGCUAUUGCUAACUAGCGAACUAAACUAUUUUAGUAGGCUAGCUAAGCAUCUUGGCUAACUGUGAGGCAUGUGCUACGGUGUCUCCAAAAUGGAGCGUAUACUGAUAUGGUAACGUGUGUGUGUGUGUGUUGCCUCCAGGACCAGGAGCUGUUCUUCUUUAAUGACGUCAGUCCUGGAAGCUGCUUCUUCCUGCCUAAAGGAGCUCACAUCUACAACACACUCACUGACUUUAUCAAGGUAACACACGCACACACAAAGACGCAUCACCAUUUUUAUGCUGGAAUUAUUAUUUAUUUGUAUUGAUAUAAAAUAUAAAAUGGACAGUAACAUACACACAAACGUACUAUACUUACCAAUCCUUACUUAGCUACUACUUCUACAAAAUACAUCCAAGAUUCACAGGAAGCCCAUCUCUGCAGCCAACUCCAACACCCCCGGAAUGGCUUGUAGUUUUUCCCAUCUCUUCAUCAGAAAAAAGCCACUGGUCUCCUGGGCCCAGUUUUUCAAAGGUUAUUUAUCUGUAUUUUGCCUAUCGGAUAGUGUUAAAUGCAUAGAAAUAGAGUGAAUAGAACGGUGAAAUCAUUCACUUGAAUUAGGAGUCCCGUUACGCUUAUCAACCAAACAUUCUAAAUUCAAACAUUCUACCAACUUCGCUUUGGUUGACUUAGGGGUGCGUUCGUAAAUUCACUCUGGCUAUCUACUCCGAUUUCAGAGCACUCGUCUGAGUGUGCCAGAGCACAGAAUAACUGAUGAAUUUACGAACGCUCAACACCCGUCGAAUAUGAUCUGUGUCAGUAAGCGUCGGCAAAAAAAGCGUAAGUAAAUUGUUGCCAGCAGCACAGUUACAGUCACCAACGCUCUUGAUAACAUGAAAACAACCUAACCAGCUCUGCUAGGGUGAGUGAAAUGGUCAGAGUGAGUGUCCUCUCAUUUGUGUCUGGAAGUAGCUAGCAAGCUAGCCAACGUUAGCCAGUUAGCUUGGGUGCUUGACUGCCGUUGUGUGGUCAGAACGCUCGGAUCAACCCUACUCCUCGGCCAGAGCAUCCAGUGUGUGCUCUGAACGCUCCGAGAGCGAGAUGCUCUGAAUUUACAAACGGACAAUCUGACAACGCUCUGAAUUUACAAACGCCCAGAGCACGCUCUGGCACUCCAAGUGAAUUUACAAACAACACUCUUAGUAUUUUUUUAAUGAUUUUAGAAUAGAAUGGCCACGACAAUCAGCAAAGUACGCUUGCACGUACACACACACACACACACACAGCCGCUCAUUCAGACAUCUUUACCCUGACAGUAACCUCAGGGAUACUCCUGUUGUGGUCAGUAGUCAGGAAAUCACCCCAAUUACUACACUGUGACUGUCUGUUCUCCAAAUAACCAUGGAUAACACACGAGCACACACACACAUAGAAUAAAUCUGUCUGUAAUAAUUAAGUUGUUACAUCUCUCUCUUCCUCCCUUUCUCUCCCCCCUUCUCCAUGACCCCUCUUCCUCCCCCUCCCUCCCUCCUCCCUUCCUUCUGUCCACCCCCCCCUCUUCUGUCCAUACCCCCCCCCAGACUGAGUACAGGAGGCGUGGCUUCAAUGAGGUUGUGACCCCUACUCUAUACAGCACUGCAUUGUGGGAGCGUUCGGGUCACUGGGAACACUACAGUGAAAACAUGUUCACUGUGACCGGUGACACACACACCUACGCACUCAAACCCAUGAACUGCCCUGCACACUGGUGAGAACACACACACUUACGUUCUCGCUCAUACUCAGCCCCACACGUUGGUCAGGGACGUCUCACAAACACCUCUCUCUGUUUCAGUCUGAUGUUUGAGCAGCGUGUAAGGUCAUGGAGGGAGCUCCCGUUGCGUUGGGCCGAUUUCGGGGCUCUGCAUCGGAACGAACUGUCCGGCGCUCUGGGUGGUCUCACCCGGGUCCGCAGGUUCUGCCAGGACGACGCACACAUCUUCUGCACUCCUGAACAGGUACACACACACACACACACAAAGACAAUUCCUGUCAUUUUGAACCUUUUUGGAUAUUUGUCUCACAUUUUCCACCCCGGAAAGUCCUAGGACAGCAGACAGUGGGAGAAAGUGGGAUUGUAUCCCUGACUCCCCCAAUGAUCCCCCUCAUCCCAUUAAACCACAUACACACACACACACACACACACACACACUUGUGCUUAUACACACACUGAUUCACAUGAUAUUGUGAGGUUUGUUUUCCACUCUGGCUAAUCCAAUCACUGGAACACUUCACUGGAACAGUCAAUAAAUCAACUGUUCCUCCUCACUCAUCUCAGAGUUAACCCUUAACCCCUAAAGCCCUGGAGUAAUCUCUGGGUUAACCCUUAACCCCUAAAGCCCUGGACUCAUCUCUGAGUUAACCCUUAACCCCUGGACUCUCCAGUUUCACAUCUGUCUAUUUAUAAUGUAUUUUACAAUAUUGUAUUUACAUUCUCUAUUCUUCUGUCUCCACCACUCUGUCCUCCUUAUCUGGCUGUACUCCUGCCCCCCAAUCCCUUCCUCUGCCUCUCUUUCUCCCUUCACUCUAUCCCCCCCCUCCCACUCUCUCUCUGUCUCUGUCAGUUGGAGGAGGAGAUCAUAGCGUGUUUGGAGUUUGUGAGGAGUGUUUAUCGAGUGUUUGGAUUCUCCUUCCACUGUCUCCUCUCCACCCGACCUACACCCUGCCUGGGGGAGCCUGCACUGUGGGACCACGCUGAGCAGGUACACACAGACACACACAUACAGACAGAUGAACACAGAGCCAGCUGUGUAAAUGUGUGUUUACUGUCCCACAAGUGAGGCUAUAAAUCACAGUACAUAGCCUCCUCUACUGUAAGCAUAAUGACAUCACAUAAUGAGAGACACUUAUCCAAUCAGUGUUGAUAUAUGGCCAUGUGGAUGUAACAGAAAGUCAAAGCCCUGUCUGUUCUGUGGCUGCUGUCUAUGCUCCCUGCCUCUCCCUGUGUGGAUAAAAGCUCAGGAAAUGAACAAAGAGAAGAGAAGCUCAAUUAAGAAAUAAGAUCCUUUUUCUCUGUCCCACUUUCUUCCCCUCUUCCCUCUUUCACUCCCCACCCCUCCCUCUUGUCCCCCCGCUCUCCUCUCUCUACCUCUCUCUCUGUCUCUUUCUCUCUGAGCAGCAGUUGGAGAGGAGUCUGCAGCAGUUUGGAGAGCGCUGGCAGCUCAACCCAGGAGAUGGAGCGUUCUACGGGCCAAAGGUCAGUUACACAGGACCCUUCUGUCUGAACGCUGCACCCCCCCUGAACAGAGCCCUGUUAUUAACACUCACACACUCCCACAUCUUCCUGUUGUCCUAGAUUGACAUCCAGAUCAAGGAUGCCAUUGGUCGACAGCACCAGUGUGCCACCAUCCAAUUGGACUUCCAGCUGCCAAUCAGAUUUGACCUUCAGUAUGUGGGGUGAGUCAGUCAUCUGUGUCAGUUUAACCUGUGUGUUCUGGGAUGUUCCCUGAUGCAGCUUCUGCUCUUAUCUAACUGAUACAUGUAAUUGGAUUGCAUGUGGUUGGAAACAUUGUUAUUAGACUGAGGGGAAUUUAAAGCUAGAAUCCUUAGUUGCUACAUCCAUUUUUGGACUAAUUUGAUUCUUGAAGAAUAUGUUAUGCCUCAUGUUCUUAGUUCAACUGUCGUACCCCAUCAGAACCCCAAAUAGAAGCUUGUUUUACGCCAAUGUUUGUAAACAACAUACAUGUAAACACACUGUAUAGCCACAAAACAUGUUUCAAAACAAAUGUUUAUAUCAUGGAUGGUCAGUCCUUGCAUCCAUAACUCUGAAUUUCAGAGUGGUUACAUUUCUCCUGGCCCAUCCCUUAGCUUUUGACCGAAACAGAGGCGGGGUGUCCACUUUGUUAUUGUUUCAACUGCAGAUUGUAGCUUUAAAAGAUUGAAGUGAGCCUCAUUAUUAAGCACAUGCUGCACCAGUUUAUUUUCUUCAUGCAAAUCCCUCCUCUCCAUCUCCUCUACCCCUCUCUCUCUCUCUCUCUUCCCUCUCCCUCCCUCUCUCUCUCAGAUCUCUCUUCAGGUCUCUCUCUCUCUCUCUAUAAUUCACUCCUCUCUCUCGUCUUAUCCUCUCAUCGCUCUCUCUGUCUAUCAUCUCUCUCUCUCUCUCUCUCUCGUCUCUCUUCUCUUCCUCUCUCUCUCUUCCUCUCCCUCGCUCUCUUUCACCUUCUCUCGCUCUCUCUCUCAGGGGGGAUGGAGAGACCCACAGACCAGUGAUGGUCCACAGAGCUGUUCUGGGAUCACUGGAACGCAUGAUCGCUAUAUUGGCCGAAUUUCUGGGGGGACUGGUGAGAAGAUUCGCGUUUGUACAUCUGUGAUUGAUCUAUUAAAUAUGGCCAUUAGAGAAGCUUUUCCAAGCGGACUACAGUGCAUACAUUUUUUUAUUUUUAUUUUUUUGGAGGUGUCCCGGGAUCGAACCCACUACCUUGUACAAGCGCCUGUCUACCGAUGACUACUAGAUGGAUGACCCAUUCAUCUAAAAUGAUACAGUUUCAAUGUUUUGGUUACCCACAUUUCUCUUCCUCUUACUCACUCAGUUUCUCUUUCCCUUCUGUCUCUCUCAGGCCUCUGUGGUUGUCUCCAGCGCAGGUCAUGAUUAUUCCUGUAGGGGGCGGUAGUGAGUCGUAUGCGCAACAGGUCAGUACUCAUCAUAUUAGAUCUGGGGCCGUAUGUAUCAAGCAUCUCAGAGUAGGAGUGCUGAUCUAGGGUCAGUUUUGCCUUUUGGAUCUUAAUACUUAAGAUUACAUGAACAGGAGGAACCUGGUCCUAGAUCAGCACUCCUGCUCUCAGACACAUGAUACACAUGGCCCCUGUACUGCAGGCUGAAAUCAAACCCCCAUACACGCGACCAAACACAACAUCACUCAGCACACAUCAAAAGCUGUAUCCCUCAGUGACUCAAAGAUCGAAGGAUAAUCCAAACACUGUACCCACACACCAUUCAUCAACACUCUGAGAAGGACUUGAUUUGAGGGUAAUUUUUGUGACCAGGUUUUAGUUUAUUUAACACAUGGGAACCAACAAUGAAACACAGCUAGGUACGUACAUGCCACUACUCACAUAUCAAUAUUUUCUGCAAGUUACAUCUGUCACAUGAUUAAUGAGCCAGCAGCAGCUAAGACCAGACCCAGCAGAUGACAUGUAAUAUAGACAUGUAAUGUUGGACAUUUAAAGCCUCAGAGGCCUUUAUCAGGACACGGAUCCUGUUUCUCUCUAGACUUGUCUUGUAAAAAGCCUGGCAGUCACAACAUUGACGAUACAUCCUCCUGUAUGUAAUGUAUAUGUAGCCCCAGGGGAGGAGAGUAUCAACACUGGUGAUCUGGGGUUUGUCAUGAUGAUACAUAGACAGGUAAUACAGCCACCAGAGUCUCGGCCCUCAGGGUGGAAUUUAAAAGGUGCCGUCCUUACUGUUAUUCUACCGUAGCCUGGUUCCUAUCUACUCUACCACCACUGUGAGUGAUGUGUGUUUUGCUCUUGUUAAGGUGGUCCGACAGUUCCGCGAGGCCGACUUCAUGGCUGACGUGGAUGAUGACCAGGGUGCCACCUUAAAUAAGAAGAUCCGCUCUGCACAGCUGGCCCAGUACAACUACAUAUUUGGUAAGAGUGCGUGGGUGAUCACGGAUGAGAUUACUGUAGAUUCUAAAUGAACUGACACAGCUUGUAAACAUGUUAAUUCAAUAAUUGUUUAUUUCUCUCUUUCCGUGUGUGUUCUGUGUGUGUGUCCAGUGGUAGGAGAGAAGGAGUGUGUGAGUGGGACAGUAAGUGUGAGAACCAGAGGGGGUAAGCAGCUAGGGAGGAGACCGACAGAAGAGGUCCUGGCAUCACUCACACACCUACGAGACACACGGAGCAACCUGGAUGACUUCUAACACACACACACCUGUUGUAGAUGAAGAAUUGCUCACUGUACUUUUGUAAUAAAAUAUAAUAUCUUAAUUUAUAAAA